UACUACUUCUCCAUUUGAGAUCUAUCUUUGUUUUGUUUUUGCCUUGUUUGUUCUUGAAAGAAGAAGAAGAAGAUCAAGAUGCUUGCCAUAUUCAACAAGGAAGUGGUGCAGCCACCGCAGGAACUCAACAGCCCGGCAACCCCGUCGGCCAAGAAGCCUAAGCAUCCUCAGGAAAUUGUUAAGGAUUUCAUGUCAUGCCAUGAUUCCAACAAUUCUUUCUCUAUUGGCUUUGGAAACAAGUCAUUGCUUGCUUAUGUUCGUCCAGAAAAUUCCUUCUCGAUGAAUCAGAGGUUGUUCUGUUCUUUGGAUGACAUAUACUGCGUUUUCUUGGGGAGCCUUAACAACCUCAACAGCCUGAUCAAGCAAUAUGGCCUGUCAAAACAAACCAAUGAGGCCAUGUUUGUAGUGCAGGCUUAUCGGACUCUCCGGGACCGGGGCCCCUACCCGGCCGAUCAGGUCAUCAAGGAUCUGGAUGGCAGCUUUGGAUUUGUGAUCUAUGAUAGCAAGGCCGGAACUGUUUUUGCUUCAUUGGAUGCUUAUGAAGGGGUUAGCCUAUAUUGGGGGAUUGCCGGAGACGGCUCCGUCGUGAUUUCCGACAACUUGGGGGUUUUGAAGGCAGGGUGUUCCAAGUCCUUUGCUCCAUUCCCAACUGGGUGCAUGUUCCACAGUGAGCAGGGUCUCAUGAGCUUUGAGCAUCCAACAAGGAAGAUGAAGGCGAUGCCUAGGAUUGACAGUGAGGGGGUCAUGUGUGGGGCCAACUUCAAGGUUGAUGCCCACUCAAAGCUUCCGAAUAUGCCACGUGUCGGAAGUGAAGCCAACUGGGCUGCUUGGGGACAACAAACCUAGAGUUUUUCAGGACCUAGAAAUUUGAUGACAGAAUUUUCACCUCAUUUGGAACUUAUGUUUAUCUGAAAUUUUACUUUACUUGGCUUCAUUUUGGUUAUUCAUGUAUAUAUUCCUUCCUUUUUUUUCACCUUCGGACGACUGACUCUGUACAAAUACAUGAAUGGAGUAAUUUUUCUGGAUCAA